CCGUCAUCCAUCUCGUCAGCCCAUCCCGCCUCCCGCCGUCGUCCUCCUCGCUCCUCCUGCUCCUUCUUGUGAUACCCCGCCGCUAGCCAGCCCCGCCUCUCGCGAUGGUCCGCACCGUCUCCUCUCGCCGCGCCUUACGAGAGGCCGCCGCCGGCGCGCCCGAGUCCAAUCAACCCACCCCCCAGAAAUCGGCCCCGAAGCCCGCCCCCAAACCCACACCUGCCAAGCGUACACCCGCCAGAAGGGGGGCGGCCGUCAAGAAAGAACCAUCCCUCGAGGUGGAAUCCAGCGAAAUGUCGGACAAUGAGCACUUUGCUGCGGCCAGCGAGGAGCCGGAGGAGCUCGUGUCUAUCCACACUGCCAAGAAGCGCACGAGGGGCGGGAGGGUGAUCAAGGGUAUUGUGGCCAAAGACGGGGAUAGCGAUGAGAGCGAGGAGCCGGAUAGGAAGCCACCUGCGAGGAAGAGGGCGAACACGGAGAGACGUUCGGUGCAGAACAAGACGGCACAGAAAAAGUACAGGGACAAGAAGAAGAGUCUUGCCAGGCGGACACACGACUUUGCUUUGGAUAUGACUAGACUCUGCGGCAAGCUUGGGGGCAAGGAGGGCAAGGUGUUCAAGCGUCUACUUGAAGAUUACCUGGCUGACGUUUCUUGUUCGUAUAUCGUCUCGCCACUUUCCAUCCAAACACUGAUAUCCAUCAGCCAUCGACCGCAAUUUCUUUGACGAGUACUUGGAAAAAGCUGGACUCACCCAAGAGUCAUAGCCUGGCCGCAUCUUUUUGGGCUUUUCUUGCGUCGCGGCUGUUGGGCUGGCGAUGAGACUUGUUGUAAAAAUCGUGUCAGAUUUCGAGCUGAAUAGAAGGGUACUUGUUCUAUACUACAACGAUUUCACCAUGUAUUGGCUAUAUAUGACUCUUCCUG